AUGGGCUGCUGCUUAAGCGCUGAAAACCAAUUAGAUUUCCAAUCAAUUUCAGCUGUGGAAUCAGUACUUGAUAACUUAAGUGCGAACAAAAGCCAGUACAGGGAAGAGGAAGCAGGACCAAUUCAAGGUCCAAAUCCUCUAACAUUUCAGAAUGUUGCCCUUUCAGACACUUCGUCGGAUAUUGACGAGGAACUUAUUGCAGAAAUGACAAAGUCAGAUGAAGACGAGCACCCUAAGAAACAUAAAGGAAAGGGAAAGCACUAA